UUUGGGUCGCUUUCCUUCUCAGCCUCCCCUAUCAUUCCUGUGUCUGAGUAGGAACGAUCCAUGACCCACUUUUUGCCGCUCCUCUGUAUCAUGUACCAAAAGGGUUGGCUAACCAAUUCAAGAAGACGCCAUUCUACUGCGAGUUCUGUAUAAAAAAAUCCCCCCUCCCCCCCACCCAAAAAAAACCCAAUUUUUUUGAUGGUUGCUUGAUAUGGGGAAAUGGGUAAUGACAGGAUUUCAAUUGGCCGAGCUUUUUGUGAGCUCAGUGGCUUAUUUGGCAUACGGGUUUUACUUAUUCAGCACAGCAGUGGCUGGUGACCUCUCUCAGAGCUUGAGUGGACGCUUCUUCAAGCCUGAUAUUGAGAAUGAGUUGAAAUACGAGGAGUCUAAGGUCUUUGAUCUUCCUCCCAUUGUGUUGGUUCACGGGAUCUUUGGUUUUGGUCAAGGGAGAUUUGGAGGGUUGUCUUAUUUUGCAGGAGCAGAGAAGAAAGAUGAUGGAAUCCUUGUGCCUGACUUGGGGUCAUUGACCAGUGUUUAUGAUAGGGCUCGGGAACUAUUUUACUAUUUAAAAGGAGGCCAGGUUGAUUAUGGGGAAGAACACAGCAAGGCUUGUGGGCAUUCACAAUUUGGAAGAAUUUACGGAAAAGGGCAUUACCCUCAGUGGGACGAGGAACACCCUAUUCACUUCGUUGGCCACUCCGCUGGAGCACAAGUUGUCAGAGUUCUUCAGCAAAUGCUUGCUGACAAGGCAUUCAAGGGUUAUGAAAGUACCUCAGAGAAUUGGGUCUCGAGUUUAACUUCAUUGUCCGGUGCACUGAAUGGGACAACAAGAACCUACCUUGAUGGAAUCCAGCCAGAAGAUGGGAGGUCCUUAAAGCCCAUAUGUCUGCUUCAGCUAUGCCGAAUUGGAGUCUUGAUAUAUGACUGGUUUGACAUCCCUUGGCUCAAGGCUUACUACAAUUUCGGGUUCGACCAUUUCAACAAUUCUUGGAAGAAAACCGGGGUGCGAGGCCUUCUUGAUUGCCUCUUGGGGAAAGCCGGUCCAUUUGCCUCCGGAGAUUGGAUCCUUCCAGACCUUUCAAUCCAAGGAUCUGUCAAGAUGAAUAGCCGCUUGCGCACAUUCCCAAACACUUUCUACUUCAGUUAUGCCACAAAGUGUACUUUCAAAAUCAUGGGCGUCACGGUUCCUUCUGCUGUGCUGGGAAUACAUCCAUUGCUCUUCAUCAGAGUCCUGCAAAUGACCCAAUGGGAACACCCUUCUGAUGCUUCUCUACCUUUUAAGGGUUACAGGGAUGAGGACUGGUGGGACAACGAUGGAGCAGUGAACACUAUAUCAAUGACACGGCCUCUUUUUCCAGUCGAGCACCCGAGUCAGUUUGUUCCAGAAACUUCCGAGCGCCAGCCACUGCAGCCAGGCAUCUGGUACUAUAAGAUUGUGGAAGGGGAUCACAUUCUUUUCAUUUUGAACCGGGAGAGGGCCGGGCUUCAAUUCGAUCUGAUAUACGACGGCAUUUUUGAGCGCUGCCGGAAACAUAUGAUUAGGAGGAUUCAGAUGUUACCCGACAAGCUGCCGGAAACAUAGAUACAUAUGUACAAGGAUCAUGUUGUGCAUUGUAUUGUUAUGGCUCUUCAUAGUUGGAGUAGACCAACUAAAAUUGCAAUGUGUAUAGGUUUCUUGUUAUUAAAAUAAAAUAUUUUUGUCAAU